CAGAAUAAUGGAAUAAAAUAAGCGUCGGACAGCGGAUAUGAUACCGUGUUAAAAUGGUAUAUUUUUCUAGUUCGAAGCAGGAUCUACUCAUUGCGUAUAAAGCAAUACAUCACUUUUAUGCUAAUAGCACUUGGAGUUCUUUUGGAAGGACAGAAGAAAAACCUGCUUGGUGAAAAUCCAGGAAUUCUCGGAAACAUUCAUAAAACUCGUGGCCCAAAUGUCAAUAAGACGCUGCUACCGAAAAGAUUGAACGGUUUCUACAGCUGCAACGUAUCACAAAGGAGCCGCGGCCUGCAGGCUCCAGUGUGUGGCGGCACUCACAGCGAUGGCACUCAGUCGUGUUGGCCUCCUGCGGGCGGCGUGGAGCAGAUCCCUGCCGGCUCUCGUGGGGUCGCCUCUGGAGUCAACUACGAGACGUCUCCUUGUCCUCCCCCACAGCUGCCAGCAGUGUGGGGGCCUGCUGCCAGCCCAGAAGAGGCAUUACGCGACCAAGAAAAGCAAAGCUAAAAGUAAAGGACAAGCUAAAGUGAAUAUCAAUUCAGCACUAGUAGAAGAUAUCAUUAAUCUGGAGGAGGUGAAAGAUGAGAUGAACGCUGUGGUGGUGAACCUCAAGGAAGAUUAUAGCAGGAAUUUAAGUAUCCGGACGUCACCUGGUGCUUUAGACCACAUCACAGUGAGCACAAAGGAUGGGAAGUUUCCAUUGAACCAGCUUGGGCAGAUUUCCAUGAAGUCUAAUCAGGUCAUCCUAGUAAAUAUGACCAGCUUCCCAGAGGCCACAGCGGCCGCCACCAGGGCCCUGAGAGAGAGUGGAAUGAACCUGAACCCGGAGGUGGAUGGGACAGUGAUCAGGGUGCCAGUUCCUAAAGUUACGAGAGAGCACAGAGAAAACCUUGCGAAGCUUGCAAAGCAGUUUACCAACAAGGCAAAGGAGUCCCUAAGGAAAGUAAGAACCAAUGCACUGAACCAAGUCAAAAAAUCAAAGGACACCGUUUCUGAAGACACCAUCAAGCUAAUAGAAAAGCAGAUACAACAACUGGCAGAUGGGGUUGCUGUUGACUUGGACAAUCAACUUGCCAUAAAAACCAAGGAGCUUCUGGGAUGAGAUUGGUUCAUGUUUUGGACCUUAUGGACACUGGCCUGCAGAAUACUGUCCAUGGACAUGUAAACCAACACCGACCGGAGCAGGACUCGGAACUCGGAAUGACAAAACCUGCUUUCAGAACUUGUGCCUCCAGAAAACGCAUUUGAGCUUGGCCCACUCAGCCAAUCUGAAGUAUUUAUGCAUUUCACUCAUGCAUAAACAAAUCCUGGCUCUCUAAUGCAUCGCCUGUUUCUCCACACAUUUGCAAGAAAGCACUGAAAAGUAUAGACUUUUAAUGUGAUUUUGGUUUCUCCUUUUAAUUAAAACCAAUGCCGCAAAUACUGUUGAUUUAAUAUAUGCCGUUUUAAAAGUAAUGGGCUGGGUAGAGACGUUGAGUCUGUUACAGAUUCAGGAUUAUUAAUACUUUGCCAACAUUGGUUUCAGGUCGUCUUUAAGGGGUUUUGCUCAUUUAAUCAGUGUUUCCACCAUUUUAGAGGACUUAGCACAGCUACCAACAUAAACAAAGUACAACUUGGACAUUAUUCAUUGAUGCUGUUUUGUAGAAACUCCUUUCAUUUUGCUUGUUUCUUGAUUUUUGUUUUUUGCCUCUAUAGCAUUUCCAUAAAAGUUUCAUCGGUGUGGUGCGUUUGAGUUUACCAUCAGUUUUCGUCUCUUCCCAGUGUAAAAUAUUGGCCCGGUAUGACUGAAUAGAUUCCAAGGGCAAAGGGGUAUUGUUGGUGUUUGUGAGAUCAGAUUUUGUUUUCGUUUGGAAAGCCCGGGUUCCAGCCCUCUGCUUGAAAGAACCAGUGAUACACGGAAUAAAAUGUAUGAUUCCCUAAAAAUCUUUGGUAUUCGUGGGUCAGCAUCUUUGUAGAAUGAUUGCAGCUUUAUCUUUAAAUCGUCAAGAUCUUAUAUUGUGCAGAGACUCACUUUGAAUUCUCAAGUUUUGCUGCUUGUUUGUAUAUAUACACACACUAUAGUAUAUUAGACACAGUGUGUAUUACAAAUAAGUCUUUAUCCCCUCAUAAACUCCAUUGUCCAAACUA